AUGACAAUGUCUAUUAUAUGAAGUUUUACACUAGUAAAUUUUUUACCAAUAUCAUGCUUCUAGCUUAAAUUGUUCGUUCGUAUUAUUUUCAUUUUCUAUUUAAUUUGAAAUUAUUGAUAUCCCGUAAAUCAAUUCAAUCAAAUGAUAAGAAAGUCAGUAAAAAAUAAUCGUUUUGUGUCGUACCACAUGACUAGCCUUUUGAAAUGGAGGCAUCUGUAUUUAUUUUAGUAACUCUAGCGACCUGCGCCCUCUGCAUUUACGAGUACGAUAGGCCCCUAGUGUUCAAGAAAAAUCCUGCUCCCGACGGUCAUAGAUGCGGAUUAUGCCCUACAUAUUACCAGAAAACUUGCGCUUUCAAUAUGCAAGACAACUCUACAUACAUCUUCGACAACCACUGCAUAAUGGAUCUCUAUAAUUGUUUCGAGGGCACAGAAUUCAUAGCCAUGAAUUAUCACAAAUGUCUAUACUUUGGGAACUUCGCAUAUGUUCACGGUUUCAAGAACGAGGACAAGGACUAUGGAGAGGAUCACAUCAUCAUAAAGGGUUCAAAGAAGAAUCCUGACUUUGUUGACUAAGAUAU